AUGAACUCUUCUUCUGCAAUGACCGCUCACUUUGAUGUCUACGGAUAUCCUGAAUGUGAUUAUCACGUAAAGCUCCAAGUUGGCGAAACCAUGAUGAACCUCGUCCUUGACACCGGAUCUUCCAACACUGCUGUGAUAUCCGAUCGCUGUGACAGCAGUAACUGCACGUUUGUUCAAGAGCCGCAUUUGCCCGUGCAUCCGGAAGCAUUGGUAAACCGCGUGAGCGCUCGCUACGGAAACGCAAAAACACGCUCGUCGUGGCACGGUUACGCAACAGGUCAAUCAAUACAUUUCGGAAAUGAUAAGUCAGCAACUGCACGCGUCGAUGCCAUUACCAGCAGCAACCAUUUCUUUGUUCCACGGUGUCCACAAAAUCAAGGUUUAUGGGGGCUUGCGUAUUCGAAGUUGCAGACACGUCCACACCACGGUCGAUAUUUGAACCACGAGCUGUCGUCAGAAACACUCUUUGACGCAACGCGAAAGCAGUUACAUGUGCCCGACGCCUUUUCCUUUCAGCUUUGUCCAAGUUCUGUGGUAGAUCCACUGGCUGCACAUGGCUUGAGCCUUAUAUCAGACGAUACCAGCAGGGCACUUGACGAGCAUAGGAAAAGCAAGGAACCGUCUUGUAAUGGGAGUCGAGUUGGUCAUUUCUGGCUAGGUGGAUAUUCCAGUCAAAGUAUCCAAUCACCAAUUACUUGGGUGUCAUUAAUCGACAGCCACUAUUACGAAGUAGUGAUCGAUGCGUUUCUUGUCAAUGGCCAUCCAGUAGAUAUGCACGACGAUUUAAACAAACCACGAACAAUAGUCGACACUGGCACCAAUGAUAUUAUUCUCAGUACCGAGAACUUGCACCGGUUGCUGAUGGCGUUGUGGAAAAGCAAUGUGAUUCAAUUUGAUCGAAGAUACAUAUCACCAGAGUAUGAACGCGCGUUUUGGCUCGAACAUGCACAGCUGACACUCCCGAGCCGAGCCGUCAAGCUUGAUAACCGUUCGAACGUGUCCGUUUCCUUGAGCGGUCAAGCGAUUCCCAUUCCCCUAGAGAAUCUAGUCAAGAUACAUCCUGUAUUGGAGGAAACUAGUAUGUCAUGGAUCAACAUUAGUUGGACAGGACUUUCGCACGGUGGUGGCACACGGAUGGCGGGUACCAUUUUGGGAAACACAUUGAUGCGUGGCAAGACAACAAUAUGGGACCGUGGCGGACGGCGGUUAGGCUUUGCUGAAGCCGAUCCAAUGGCUUGCUGUCAGCCUUCUGCUGCCAAUGCCGUGGAUAAAUUGCUCUCAAUAGACGACACUCUUAUCGCCACCUCUAGCAUCCAUCCAAACAUUCACAACAUGCUCGAAUCUUCCUCUCCCUUUUCCUCGGUUGAUCCCGGUGCUCGGUUCGUACACGUAUUAAUGCUGGGCCUCAUGAUCGCUGCUUGCUUGGGAGGACUGAUACACAUGGGAUGGAUGGUGUGGCAGCACUACUAUACCAAGCACAAAGAAGAGGAAAAGAAACAGCUGGAAAAGUUUAUAUCAGAAAAAAGGCCACCGGUGAUUAAAAUUGAAUUGCCCAUGCCAGCUCAUGUAUGCAGCGAUGGCGAUGAUGAUUUCGAGUUCAUUUACUAG